CGUUUGAUUUGGAUACAUGUAAUGCCGUCCGUCCCGGAUAUGCUGCGCGAAUAUGAGUCGCUGCUGGUGCACAAGCACCGCUUCGCUCUCAGCGACGUCGUCACCUGCUUGCAGACCAUUGUUGAUGACCUCCAGAAUGUGCAGCACACGCUCGCUGUGGCUUCUGUAUCCGCGGAUAGCAAUUCUGAUGAUGUAUUGACUCGCAUUUCCGGUCGUUUGAAGCGUCUCGUGGCGCUGGUACCAUCAUUCCUGGGCGAGCAGGAGCUGACAAUGCUGCUAGAUGCAUUGCAAGAGUUUGGUCGACUUUGCAGCGAUCCAGAGACACACCCGAAGCUUUAUCAGUCGAUCGAUUUGCUAUCCGGUCACUCUAAAGCUUUAGCGACCGCAGUGGCUCGAGAUACGACAGUGGUCUCGCUCCUUACCAAGAAACGAGACCAUUUGGCAAAGUUUUUGAAUGAGGCGGUGCAAGUGUUGCAGAACUCGCAUUCAAGACGAGUUGAGCAGUACCAGGACGCUAUCGAGCAAUUCACUGGCGACUUCAAGUUGGCUCUACAAGGCGAACACUUGCAGCGUGUGAAGCAACUGCACUUUGAUAUUGAGACGAUCGAGACGUCCAUGUCGACGAUGCUAUUGCCGCAUUUUGAAAUCUGCAGAACCAUCACUACUGCAAAUGCGCAGGUGCAGACAAUGGGGUCCGCAUUUUCAAAGGCUCAAUGCAGUGGCAUUGAUACCUUCGUACGUACCGCCGCCAAACUAAAAAGUGGAGACGCGUCGUUCCGCAGUGUACUUCAAGACGCAACCAAGUUUUUGGCUCAACUCUCUCUGUUCGAGCAAGCUGCUAGCAAGGAUGCGUUUUUGGUUUGCUCCAGUGCCUUGAAGCUGCAAUUCCGCGAAUCACUUGACCAAGAAUUGUUUCUCGCAUACGUCGAAGAUUGGGUCUCAAAACGCGAGACGCUUCAGCUAACCGAAUCCAGUAGUGAGUACCAAGCGGCAACGAGGCGAGUGCAGGAGUUGAAAGAAGCCAUCGGACGAGUGCACAAACUCACGCAAAGCAGUCAAGAGAAAUUGGCGUUGGAUGACCCUGCACGGGAAUCCUUAGCGCAAGAGGUGGCUCGCAUUUUCCAUGACGAAGGAGGAAUACUAACUCAGGUUGAUUUGCCGGCGUGCGUUUAAUAGUUUGAUUACUGUUUUCUAUGCUACUGUGAUGAACCUGGU